GAUAAAUAUGCUUAGGUUUUUAUUUGGCAAAUCGUUGUAAAUUUACUAGUAUUUUCUAAGUGGAAAAAAGUUGCCUAGCUUUUUUCCAAGUAAAUCCAACUCCAAUUUUUUUUCAAUCCAAGAGAAACUCAGUUACUUGGUGUUGCUUUAAAGGGUAGAAUUCACUACUACGAUGUCUGAUUUGCUGUUCUCCUAUGUUGAAUGUUUAAAUGUUUUUUUGUGUGUUUCAGUGAGUGAUCUGAGGAUUGUUCUGCUGGGCAAGAAUGUGUCAGAAAACAGUGGAGUGGGAAACUUCAUAUUAGGGCGAGCAGCGUUUGACAGUGAAGCUCCUCCAGAUGUUGUGGAGAGAGUCGGAGGAAGACUGAAGGACAUACACGUGACCAUCAUCAACAGUCCUCAGCUGCUCCAGACACAUCUGUCACUCCAUCACGUCACACACACAGUGAGAGAGUGUGUGAAUCUGUCUGAUCCAGGACCUCAUGUCUUCAUACUCGUACUACAAAACAAUGACAUCACUGAAGAAGACAGAUACAGAGUGAAAACUGUCCUGAGAGAAUUCAGUGAAGAGGCGAUUAAACGCACCAUUGUGCUCACGACUGAUGAAGAUACGCACGACGCUAAAGGUGCACCUGUGACAGUUAAAAAAGUAAUUCAACAGUUAAAUGCCGAAUGUGGAGGAGGACAUCUGCAGCUUGAACAUGCAACAGAGGAAUGGUGCUCUAUAAUAUCGCAACGAAUAGAGAAGAUUCUCAGAGAAAACAGUGAAGAAUUUCUCACAUGUGAACUCUAUGAUUACGCAGAAGGAUCAUCAGUAGAUGAAGAUCACAACAGGUCCUUUGCUUCACUCGGAACGGAGGAGGAAGACGAAGAGUCUGAUGCAGACGAUGAUGGAAAAUACCUAGAAACUCGUACUGAGAAAAAGAAAGCAAAAGGGUUUAUUCGCAAUAUACCCCUAAUGUCAUAUUUUAGUAAUCCAGAGACCAGACCAGAGCAUUAUCCAGCAAAGAGAAAUGUACGCGUGAGCAGAAAAAAGAAGUUGUGUGUUGUGUUAUGUGGAAGUGAUGGAAGACUGAAGGCCUCCGUAUCAAGACUUAUAAGAGGAAAAAAUAAGUUUUUUCCCCCCUUACACCUGAAAGAGAAAGAGUGUGUGAGGAGAAACCUGGAGCUUCAUGGACGUGUGGUCAGUCUGGUGAAGCUUCCAGCUGUCAAUCGGCUCUCAGAGGAGGAAGUGAUGCGUAAUACUCUCCGCUGUGUGUCUCUCUGUGAUCCUGGAGUUCAUGUUUUCCUCUUCAUUGUUCCUGAUGCUCCACUGACUGAUGAAGACAAAGCAGAAAUGGAGGAGAUCCAGAGGAUAUUCGGCUCAAGCAUCAAAAACCACCUCAUGGUUCUCAUUAUCCAAGAGAAGAGCAUGAUUAGUAAACUGAUUGGUAGUAAAAGUCUAUGUAAUACUUCAGCUACUGAGACGUCUCUUAAAACAUUUGGAGGUCAUCGUUUUGUCCUGGAGAACAGCUCGCAGGUUCCCGCUCUACUUCAGGAUGUGGACAACAUGGUAGAAGAGAACAGAGGAAGUUGCUACACCACCUUCAUGUACCUUCAGGCUCGAGUAGAACUGGAGAAAAACAAACACAGAGCUGAAAUAGGGGAACUGAGAAGAUCUAUGAUGAAAACUCAAUCAGGUAUGAGUUCAUGAAAGUGUGUUGAUGUUUGUCAGAAAGUGUGUUGAUGUUUGCUGUUGAAGUGGGGAAGUCAUAAUUACGA